GUGUUUCACGGAGGAAAGAGCUCGUUUGACGCUCACACGAAGUCAUAAAAAUUUAUAUAUGCUCGCACUGGAAAUCUUGAGAAAUGUCUGCUUCUAAAGUGAAAAUGCGAGAAAAGAAGAUGAGGAAUCAGCCUGCCAGCGUGCAGUAUUCAUCUGAUGUUGGUAUGCAGAGCAGCUCACAAAACUUUUACCGAGGAAGAGGUCAGCCUUUCACAGGUGGUGGACCAUCCUAUAUGAAUCCUUCUAAAAUGCUGAAAGGACCCCCCCAAACUGGAUGGGUUCGUGGACAUCACAAAGGUGGUGGUGGUUACUCCAGAGAGAUGCCGAAGUUCAUCACUGCUGGAGCUUUUGCCAGAGCCAGGGCUGCAGAGGUGCGCGCCAUGCUUAAAGCCGUUACCAAGACAACAGCCAGCAGCCACGUGUUUCAAGCUCUGCCCAAACACAUGAGGCGACGGGCCAUGAGCCACAACACCAACCGUCUUCCUCGCCGACUGAGAGACAUGGCCAACAGAAUGCGGGAGAAGGGCCUCCAGGCCAGCUCAAAGAAGAAAGAACCUGCAAAAAACAAAAGCCGCAAAGCUCGCCGGCGGCACGGAAACCUGCUGCUGGAGUUCAAUCGUCGUCAGAGGAAGAACAUUUGGCUGGAGACGCACAUUUGGCACGCCAAGCGCUUCCACAUGGUUAAGAAGUGGGGUUACUGCCUCGGGGACAGACCCACAAGUAAAUGUUAUCGACCAUGCUACAGAGCCAUGAGCAGCCACUGCCUCCUACAGGAUCUUUCUUAUUAUUGCUGCAUUGAGCUGAAGGGUGAAGAAGACAAGUUGCUGGCUGCUCUGUCACAGCUCACCAACAAGGAGGCAGGUCCUACUUUUGCUGCAGGCCUGUGUCUGUCAGGUUGCAGACAGGGCAGUGUUACAGUGUACAGAGCAGGACUGUACCCCUCUCAGCCCCUGGGCCCUGUCACCUUUCUCUGGAGGCCACAAACACAAGGUGCAACUCACCGGCAGCUGUGGAUUUGGGCUCAUCCCACUCUGAAGCAGGAUCUUCUCCCAGAAUUACAAAGCGUGUGCCAGUGUCAUGAGGCUGUGGUUCCCCCAGUUGUACCAGAGGUUCCAGAUGCAGAGGUGAAUGAUGCCCCACAGCCAGAGUCAAAGCCUGAAAACACGUCUGAAGAAAAGCUGAAACGUGGAACCAAAAGGAAGAGGAGCUCUAAGGGCACCAGUGAGCCUACUGUGAAGAAGAUUCUGGGAAAUGGAACCAGAUUACCUGGCACUCCAGUGACCUGGAAGUCCUGCUCAACUGGGAUUGUUAUAAAUGAUCUCACAAUGGAGAUUGUACGUUAUCGCCUGAUUGGGCCUCAGUCCCAUUCUGUGCUGACUGACACUUUAGAAGCAGCCACAGUCUGUCAUGAACUGACUCAGUCCCAGUCCUCCCCCCUCUGGUGGCCUCAGCACUGCACAGAUGAGAACAAAAUGAGCCUGCAUCACCAACAAGCAGACGUUUUUCACCUACUGAAAGGCAUCUUUUCAACUGGAGAGCUCCCCCCAGGCGUAGUGCUGGGCCUGACUGUGGACGACCCCAGGCUGACUUUACCCAGAAAGAAGUGCAAAGUUUUGCCGUGUGUAAGCCAGGCUCAAGAGGGUGAUGAGAAGAGGAGGGAGCUGAUGUUGAGAGGAGUCCCAGCACCAUGCUGUCAGAGUUUUCUGUGGGAGGAGUCUGUUCGUGACAACGUCACAGACAACAAGAUAUCUGAGCAGAAUUUGAACCAUAUGAGGAGUGACAUGCUGGUGCCUGGCUCCAGGCUGAGCCCCACCCCCCCACAGGGCCGAGUUCCCAUUUUACUGGUCCAUCAGCCUGGAAAGCAACUGGGAAAUGAGAUGAGCUCCUGGGGUGCUGGAUGGGACCUGCUCCUUCCAAAGGGCUGGGGCAUGGCCUUCUGGGUCCCACUGGUGUACAGAGGAGUGCGUGUGGCUGGGCUUCACAUGAGUUUAAAACACUCCCAAAAUAAAGCUGUUCCUCACUUCCCCCAUGACUAUCCUGACUGUCCUGCAGGCGUUCGCUUUCAGGACGAGCAGGAGGCUGAGUUCUUGGACAAAUUCAAACGGCGUCCACCAGCCAAAAGGACCAAUUACAUUAAACAUGGCUGUCUGGCUCCUUUCCGUUGCCCUUGGCAACAGCUGGCAGAGGAGUGGGAACUCCUUAUUAAAGAGGAUGGGCAGAUACAAAGCACAACAAAAACAGAUGCUUUGGUAGAGGAGAUGACAUCACAACAAAACAUCGCCAUGACUAAAACUCCGAGCUGUUUUACUGUUCUCAGGAACAGGAAGUCUCUGAGGCUUCUGUCUGCUUGGUGCAGACCCACGACAUCAAAAGGACAGAGGCUGUGUCGUGCUGUGAAGGUGCCCCCCCUCAGCCGGCCUGCGGCGACAGCUUUCCUUGCAGCUCAUGGGUCGAGUCUGGUGUGGGUGCGCCUGUCGCUGUUCUCCAAAGGAAAACCGGAAAUCCAUGCCAUGGUGUGUGUACCGAAUGCAGAAGACCUGAAACUGCUUGUCAGGAACCCAGUAGAUGGAGAUCCCCAGGAGCUUCCACAUAGAGACCAUUUUAAAAGCAGAAUCAAACGUCAGAAGAAAGGCUCCAAGAAAACAGCUACCUGCUCUUUAUCUACUCAUGAGCCUGAAGGCAAAGACCUUCUGUCUGCUCCGCUCACAUCCACAGCUCCCCAGUCUUCCUCAGACCUGAUCUUUGGGCUGUGGCCUGAUCCUCUGCCAAGUGUCACGUCUCACUGCUCUCGGGUGACUCUGGGCUGGGUGACUCAGGGGGACUUCUCACUGUCUGCAGGAUGUGGGGAGGCUCUCGGCUUUGUUAGUGUCACAGGUCUCCUCCACACCCUGCUCCAGCAGGCAGACGAACACAGAGGAACGCUGCUGAUGCGCAACCCCAACUCCCUGCGCUACCGCCUCACUAAGGCCAACAUCGAGGUGUGAUCCAAACACACCGACCUGUACAAACUGGAGCCUAAAACUGCAGCAGCUUGAACAUGCAGCCAGUCGAGUCACUUCAAGUUUAAUCUAAAACUUGUGCCUUUGAUGACGACGUGCCCAAAACCAACACACCUGGUACUUUUUUCACUUGUACACAUCCUCAUUG